AUGGCAGAAGCAAUUCAUACUGAGAUCAACUGGGAGCCGACGCCUGAUGGCAUGAAUGAACAAGAUUUGGCCUCUGAGACUGCUCAACAAAUGGUAGAGCUGAAGCGACUACAUCUCUCAUCUCGGCCUAUAGAUUUAUCCUCCAGUUACUUGCAAGAACAACAAGAUGUGAAAGAUGAGGUGACUAAAGACAUGGAAGAAAUGAUUCAAGAUUGUGGCGAUGGUCUUUUAUUACCAGACUGUUGUAUCUACAAGGUGCCUCUUACACUCCGUCAUCAUAAAGCAGAGUUUUACACUCCAAAAUUUGUCUCGAUUGGCCCAUUUCAUUAUGAUAAUGAGAGUCUGCAAGACAUGCAAAAGCAUAAAAAAAUAUUCUUCAAAAGGUUUACUCAAAGAGCUGAGUCCAGCUUGGAUGAUUUGGUUCAUUGUGUUAAACAUUUAGAGCCAAAAGUCCGUGCUUCUUAUUCUGAGACCAUUCACCUUAGUGAACAAGAACUUGUGAAAUUAACAUUAAUAGAUGCUGGCUUCAUCAUUCAACUCUUCAUCAUGUUGAAACAUGAUCAUCAUCAGUUUUGCAAUGAUGAUGCUAAAUUUUCACAGCCAUGGUUACAAGUAUACAUACAAAAGGAUUUGAUUUUGCUAGAGAAUCAACUUCCGUUCUUUGUUAUUGAAGAGCUGUACGAUAAAGCUUUCCCCCCCGACCGCCGUGGUAGCUUCCCUUCAUUUCUUAGGCUCACAUAUGAGUUUUUUGAUUAUUAUAACGAACAAAAAUUAGAGCCUAAUGUUGAUGUUAAGAUAAAGCAUUUUACAGAUCUUAUUAGAUUGUUUUACUUGCCAAUAAGCAAGCCUCAACAGCAUCUAUUGUCAGAGUUCGGAAGCCAUAAAACUUUAUAUAGUGCGAAGGCAUUGCAAGAAGCAGGCAUAAAGUUGAAGGCUAGUAAGAACAAAUGCUUAUUAGACUUGAAAUUUUCAGGGGAUACGCUUGAAAUUCCAACACUGUUGGUGGCGGAUAGAACUGAAUUUUUUUUUCGUAAUAUGAUAGCAUUAGAACAAUGUCAUUAUCCUUAUGCUGCUUACAUUAGUGACUAUGCUCAUGUAUUGGAUUGUCUAAUAGACACUUGUAAAGAUGUCGAUGUCCUGGUUCACAACAAAGUAGUCAGCAACUGUUUAGGUGAUCCCAAUAGUGUUGCUUUAUUAGCUAAUGGUCUUUUGACAAAUUUCAUUCGAGUGACUUUCAAUUCCCAAUACUAUGAUAUCUGCCAAAGGUUGAAUGGCUAUUGUGAAGAUCCUCGGCACAAGAUGAUGGCAACUCUAAGACGCGAUUAUUGCAAUACUCCUUGGCAUACUGCGGCCUCGAUAGCUGGAAUAAUCCUUCUUGUUCUCACCAUUGUUCAAACCAUAUUUUCAAUCCUUCAAGUUUUAUUGGAGAAGCAGACUUAA